GGCGGCGGGGACGACGACGACGACGGAGGGAGGAGGCGGAGAAGCUGGAGGCGGAGGCGGAGAGUCGUUCAUAAAUGGCGCCGAAGCAGGACCCGAAGCCCAAAUUCCAGGAGGGUGAACGCGUGCUGUGUUUUCAUGGACCGCUCCUUUAUGAAGCAAAGUGUGUAAAGGUUGCCAUAAAGGACAAGCAAGUGAAAUACUUUAUACAUUACAGUGGUUGGAAUAAAAAAAGUGCUGUGAGGCCCAGGCGCUCUGAAAAAACUUUGAAGACACGUGAGGAUAUUGUAGCCAUUUUUCCUGUUCCUGAAGGAGCUCCCUCAGUACACCACCCCUUCCUGACCUCUAGCUGGGAUGAAUGGGUUCCAGAAAGCAGAGUACUCAAAUACGUGGACACAAAUCUUCAGAAACAGAGAGAGCUUCAGAAAGCCAAUCAGGAGCAGUAUGCAGAAGGGAAGAUGAGAGGGGCAGCUCCAGGAAAGAAGACAUCUGGUCUACAGCAGAAAAAUGUUGAAGCACUUUUUCAGAACAGAUGGAUCACUCGCUGUUUGGAGACCUCUGCAAUAUCAAUGCGGAAAACCAAAAAGAACAAACAGAAAACUCCUGGAAUUGGAGAAGGUAGUAGUACCAGUGAGACACCUCAACCACCUCGGAAAAAAAGGGCCCGAGUGGAUCCAACGGUUGAAAGUGAAGAAACAUUUAUGAACAGAGUUGAAGUUAAAGUAAAGAUUCCUGAAGAGCUGAAACCUUGGCUUGUUGAUGAUUGGGACUUGAUUACCAGACAAAAACAGCUUUUUUAUCUUCCUGCCAAGAAGAAUGUGGACUCAAUUCUGGAAGAUUAUGCGAGUUACAAGAAAUCACGUGGAAACACAGAUAACAAGGAGUAUGCCGUAAAUGAAGUGGUGGCAGGGAUCAAAGAAUACUUCAAUGUCAUGUUGGGCACUCAGCUGCUCUACAAAUUCGAGAGGCCACAGUACGCGGAGAUCCUCGCUGAUCACCCCGACGCACCGAUGUCGCAGGUCUAUGGAGCCCCGCACCUGCUGCGGUUAUUCGUGAGAAUUGGAGCAAUGUUGGCCUAUACACCCCUUGAUGAGAAGAGUUUGGCUUUAUUGUUGAACUAUUUGCAUGAUUUCUUAAAAUAUUUGGCGAAGAAUUCUUCAGCGCUGUUUAGCGCCACUGACUAUGAGGUUGCCCCUCCUGAAUAUCAUCGGAAAGCUGUCUAAGGAGUCAGAUGCUUUUUGUUGUCUUUGGGUCUCUGUUAAGCUAUCUAUAUGUUCUAUUAGUCCCUCUCUUGCACAGAUAUUGUACUUUAAAACUGUGUUUAUGUAAAACAGGACUGAUGUUUAAAUAGUCUCUUUUGUUUGAGAUAGAAAGUACAAAGGGGGGUGGCUUCAGCCCUUCCUUCCCUUUCUGAGUUGCUGCCAGUGUGUGCACGAACGGACACAGAGAGUGAUAUGCUGUAUAUAGGAUGUCUCAGUGUAUAUUUGACAAAGCUGCUUGAUUUCUGGUGGUUUCAUCCCUUUGACACUAAGCACUUUGAUGAUCCCUGUGAAUGCUAAGUGACAAAACACCCUGAUUCCUAGUGCCAAAGGUUUAAUUCAUAUAUAGCUCCUGACUCAUUUGUGCUCGUCUUUCUUCCUAGUGCUUGAAGUAAACAUGUUAUUUCUCAAGCCUUUUUCUCCUCACCCACAUUGUUGAAGAACGGUGGUUUGUGUUUCUGUUUUCGUAUUUUGAUUCUAAUGCACAUUCUCACGGUAGAAAAAAAGCGUUAUUGUGUAUCUGGUUUUCUGGGAAAGGUGAUCUUUCAGGAGUUGUUUUACAGUCUUGGAAAUAAAUCUUUUUUAUUUAAAAAUA